AUGAGGACCCCGUUGUAUCACUGGUUGUGCGGCCGUGGGCCUUGGCAUUGGUCUGAGUGUAUUGUAGGGCUAACCAAGAUGGUGGAACCGCCUCAGUGGGUUCAGAUAGGAUCCUCCUUUGUGACCCACUACUAUCAGGUGUUUGAUACUGACAGAUCACGACUUGGAAAUAUUUAUACCGAUGCAUCAUGCCUUACGUGGGAAGGAGAGCAGUUCCAAGGGAAAAUGGAAAUUGUUAGGAAACUUACAAGUCUCCCUUUCACAAAGAUAGCCCAUAUUGUAACAGCACAAGACCACCAACCAACUCCUGACUCGUGUAUAAUAAGUAUGGUCGUAGGACAACUAAAAGCGGACGAUGACCUUAUUAUGGGCUUCCAACAGACGUUCAUGUUGAAGAGUGUAAACGAAUCAUGGGGGCAGCCAUAG